AAAAAGAAGUCGAGAAGAAAUAUUUCCACUCCACCCACAUCCUUCCGCGCAAAAACGACCUUGAAAACAUCGGAAAUACACCCCUCGCCCCCCUCCUCCUGAGACCGCCAGUGCUUAUCCUCCUUCCUUUUCUUCCCUCUCUCGCGAUCUCUCCCCACCAGGCCUCCUUCCGCCGAAGCUCCACGGGAUUCUCCUCUCGCGGCCGGCCGGAUUCCUCCUCCUCGGCUCCGCUGGCCUGGUGCGCGGCGGAGAUCCGCCCGGAGCCCGCGCGCCCAGGGAUUGAUUCCUUUUGCUGGUAGUGGAAUUGGAACUCCUGCGGUGCUGUAGUUCGUAUCGUCGUCGUGGCGGUACAGUAAUAAAUCAAGAUGGGCGACGGGGUGGCUUUUGAGGCUGCCAGGAAGAUCAUCAUGCACCCGCUCUACGCGUCGAGGUCCUCGCCCUGGCUGGACCUCAAGGUGUUCUACGUGAGGGUCAGCAACUGCGUGAUGGACGAGUCCGCGCCGGACCAUCUCACGCUCAACCACAUCCCGCUGUCCCCCGACACGGUCAUCGAGGUCAACGGGCGGCGGAGCAGCAUGCACACCGAGUUCGUCUCGUCGUCCCUCAGGAGGGACAGGAUCGACAAGAAGACCGAGGAAGCCACGUACGUGAGCACGGAUAGCAUAAGGAUGACGGGGAGCGUGAGGUUUCAGGUGUUUGAUAAGAACGAUCUCUUGCUCACCGGAGACCUGGAGUUAUGCAAUGCCAACGGAGUGGUCGGGGAACCGAAGAGCAGCAGCAAGAAGUGGAAUAUCAAGUGCCAUUCGUCGGCAUCGUCUAGUGGUUUCUUGAAGGGGAAGAUGUCCACGGGCCCAGACUCUGCGCAUCCUGUUGUCGAGGUUUAUGUCGCUGGCACUUUCUCUGGCACGCCAAUUAUAUUAACCAAGACGGUCCAGUUUAUAUCACGGAGGAAGUCCCAGAUGAAACUGAAGCUGGAUUCUAUCCCUGAGAAUGAAGCAACUGAACUACAUACAGAAAACUCACACGGGGACUCUUUGAAGGUAUCAGAAUUCUAUGAUCCCAAGUCUGAGUCAGACGUGGACAUGGACUAUAACAGCUUGUACUCGAGGCAGGACUUUCUAGAGGGCGAGGAUGGUGAGCUUUCAUGGUUUAAUGCUGGCGUGCGGGUUGGAGUCGGGAUUGGCCUCGGCAUAUGCGUGGGCGUCGGGUUGGGUGUCGGCCUGCUGGUCCGGACAUACCAAGGCACCAGCAGGAACUUCAGGCGGCGACUGCCCUGAUGGCCAACGCUUCCCACAAGUAUAUAGGAAACUGACUGCCCAUCUUCCUGCCCAUGCUAGUGAUAGAUGAGCGAGGCCUUGUGUUCUCCCCUCCUGCAGCUUGUGUGCACUGCGAACCAUUUUUGUCCCUUUGAGGUAUGUAAAUGCGAGUAUGUAUAUGUAUAGUAAAAAAAUAAAUAAAGAGUCGAGUCGGGUCGAGUCGCUUGAUGUUGCUGUGAGCAUUAGAUGGUUCUUUCUGAAUUAAAAUGUAUUGAUGAAGGAACUUUAGGUGACCGGCAAGUGCAGUGUUUAGUCUUGAGGGUGAUGUUGCACCUAAGAACUGUUGCAAGUCAUGACUAGUUGUGCAGAGGGAACCUGAUUAGGUGGCCUGUUAUGUGUGUCAUAUGGUUUACUUUGAGCCUUUUUCUCGAA